CAGUUUAUUAUCUCAUACUUGAACGAGAUUUUACUUCGAUUCGUCCGCAGCUACAUACACUUUUAUACUAAUUUCAUAUUCACUGUUUUACGUGUAUAAAUAAAUGUAUUCAAAUAUCUUCUCUACUUCUUUUCAUAUCUAUCUAUUUACGUACAUAUGUUCUGCAAGUUUUUCCAAGUUAACAAAUUCUCGUGUAACACGUCGAAUAAUUGUUUCUCUUCGAUCUUUAUCCUUUAGUCGUAAAAUGUGCAUCAUUUAAUGAAAUAAGUAACCUUUCAAUUUUUUUACAUCACGAGAAGUUUGAUCAAAAGCUUGUGUAAACACCUGUGUUCCUGUCAUAUCGAUUGAGACUAAAAUGAUUUUAAUAAUGUACGUUGACGUAUUACAAUGUUGCCUCGAGUUGUCAUUGAUUGCGACUUUGUACCCUCUUUUGCAAAUAUAAAUGAUAUUUAUAAAGCAAGAAGAAAACUAUUUAUUAAGGAUCUAAUGGACUAACGGAUCAAGUCCGAAUUGACUUUAAAGCCCUCGUACGAACUGUUUCAGUUUGAAGUACAAUCAUAUAAUGUUUUUUAAAAUAUGUUUAUAAUGAAAAUGGCAUAUUUUGAUAAAGACACAUUUAUUGAAUAUUUACCAACAAAUAUAUAUAAUGAUUUGGUUAAUGAAUUAAAUAAGAAUUCGGCUUGGAUGACAUUGGCAAAUCAUGUAGCUGAAUGGUUGGAAUAUCCAUGUACUUUAUGGGUACAAUCUUUACAAAACACAAAACCACACGAGUCUCCAGGGGAAAAGCUUCUUUCUGAGUUAAAUAUUAAAAUGUGUACUAUUGAAGUUUUACGUGUGCUGUUAACAGAAUGCAAUCUUCUUAAUAUCCUUUCUAUUAUAUCUGAUCCAGAACCGCUACAUAUUAUUGUGCACCCAACAGAAGAAUUAGGAACCGAUACCUUAAAAAUUUCAUUUGGGCAACAUCUUCGCUUGUGUUGUAUGGCCAUUGGAAUGCCACCACCAAAUUAUGUAUGGUAUCAUGGAGAUACACAGUUGCAAGAUUGUACUUCUAGUCAACUUGACAUUAUCAUUACCAGUGCAUCUCAAACAGGAGACUAUAAGUGUAAAGUAGUUCAGAUAAAAAGUGAUGGAACUUUAUUAUCAACUUUAAUUUCUAAACAUGUUACUGUACAAGUUUGUCCUAUACCUGUUAAAAUCGACAAACAACCACAAGCAGUAAUCGAAAUACAAGCUGGCGAUAGUUUCGCGAUUUCUUGUAAAGCUGAUGGAUACCCUGAACCACGUUAUCAGUGGUUCCAUGAAAAUACUAUCCUGGAAGGAGAAACUUGUAACACGUUGCAUAUAAAAAAAUUUACUUCAAAAUACGAAGGGAAAUAUUAUUGUCAUGUCUACAACGAUAUUAGCGAAGUUUAUACAGAAAGGACCCACGUGAUGAUGAAACAUCCAAGAUUAAAAGCAGUCGCAAAAAUAGCUUUAAUCAUUGCAAAUGGAGAGUACGAACAUCACAAGGAUCUUCUAACUGUCAGGAAUGAUGCGGCUCUGGUAGCUAAUCUUCUUAAAGAAAUAAAUUUUGAAGUAAUUUGUCUGCUGAAUUUAACAGUUGCUCAAAUGAAAAGAGCGAUACAAUUAUUCAGUGAAGCAUUAGUCGACGGUGUAUAUGGUUUAUUCUAUUUUGCUGGUCAUGGUUUCAAGAUACAAGAAAGUUACAUGCUUGCAACAGAUUCUCCAGAAACAUAUUUAAGGAAAGAUGCAAUAUGUGAAAGCGAAUUAUUAUCUGCAUUUCUUAAAAAUGAUCCUGAAUUAUUAAUUAUUAUUUUAGAUAUGUGUCAAACUCUUCCCUCAAAAGAAUUUAAUCCUGAUAUCUAUCUUGAGCUGCCAACAGUGAAUGAAUAUAAAAGUAAGAAGAAUCUUCGAAAUUUAAUUCAAGCAUAUUCCACGUCUAGUCAUCGACCGAGCUAUGAAAAAGUAAAUAGCAAGUACGGUUUAUAUGUGACUCACCUUAGCAAAUUUAUCGCCAAGGAUAUGAUAGUUACAAAAAUAUUUGAAGAGUUAGGGAAAUCUUUUGAUAAUUGCUUCAAAGGCAAAGAACGCAAUCAAAUUCCAAUGUUUGCUUCGUCUGUUACAAAGCCGUUUCGACUCACGGAUGCUAUCUAUAAAAAAGAUCUUCCAGCUCCCAUUUGUUAUUUAAACAAAAUAAUAGCAUUCUCGACACAAACACUAGAUAUAACUUUUAAACAAGUCAAUAUGAGUACUAAAGUUGUAAUAUCAUUAUUUAUGGAACCCUACUUAAACUUAAUAAAUAUCAAAGUACUCGAUUUACAGAACAUAGAAAUCAAUUACCUUAAUUCUGUACCUGCAAAACGAAAUAAUUUAUUUCACGAUCAAAAUACGAAAGAAUGCUGGAUUCACAAUCCUCAGAUAAACGAGGGACCACUAAUUAUCUGCAUUUCUAAGGAUGGAACUGCUAUUGGUGCAACAUUUCUACAUAUAAAAGAUUACAUACCUCAGUUAUUAAGAAAAAUGAACUGUUGAAAUAUGUAUUUAUAUUUCUUUUAUUUCAUAAUAAAAAAAGAUAUUAUUGCA